AUGGCAAGUGCAUCGCCUUCGCCGGCUUUCCGCUUGAGAGUGCUGGUGAAAAACGUGCAAGAUUCGUUGGCGCUGACGGUGACUGGGGCUGUGCUCAAGCACAGCCUAAGCUCAAGCAAGCGUCAUGACGCCGCCCGGCACCUGACCGCCAAGAAGCUCGGCUCUGCGCGAUGUGGGGAGGUCCUGGCCGAUGCGCUGUGCAGAGACCCCGACUGGCAGGUCCGCGUCACCGCAGCAAAGGCUCUUGGAGCUUUUGGAGCAUUGGCUUCUGCCGAUCCCGGCAUGGCCUCAGACUCCCCAGCACUCUCGGCGCUACUGCUGUCGUCACUGUACGAGUCGCUUGAUGAUCCCAACGCUUUCGUGAGGGAAGCAGCAGCAGAAGCUGUGGGCCACUUUGGACGGCGAGUCCAGGCCAAGCACUUGGCAGCUUUGGAGGCGGCGCUCCGAAACGACGCAGCCUUCACCGCCCGCGGGGCGGCUGCGAGAGCUCUCGGGAGCACAGAGACUUCUCAAAUGGUCUGCAUUCUCCGUCUUUUUUUGGAUGAUGGCGCGGAUGCCUUGGCGGCGGCGCUGGCGGAUGGGGUGGACGCGCUGGCCACUGCGCUGUGCGAAGACCCAUCCUUGCACGUCCGGCAGCACUGGGUGUCCUUGCCCAUGUGGAUGGACGCACGGUCCGCGGCGCGGCUCUCCAGGCUCGCCGAGGCCGACGCCUGUGCCUCGGCCUUGGCCGAGGCGCUACAGGAUGCCUCGACUUCCGUGCGAGUCGCCGCCAUUCCGGCGCUCGGCUCGCUGGGCACGGUGGCGCUUCCGUGUGCUGGGAAUCUCGUGGAGCAGCUGCUGUCUGGUGGCGAGGACGUGCGCUCGGCUGUGCAAAAGGCUUUCUACGAGGCCACGGGCGCCAGCGCGGCGACCUUAGUGGCUGCGGCCUACGCGCGCGGCCGGCAGAAGGACACCAGCUCCCAACAGCAGGCGCGAGAAGAUGCCGCUGAACGUCUGUUUGCAUGGUCCAACUCCAUCUCGCGGCAGGUGCUUCGCAUCAUGGCCAACUUGGGCAAGGAGGAGGCCCGUCCUGCCGCCGAGCGCCAGCUGGCUGUGUUGGGACCUGCAGCUGGGCUGUGUUUAGCGGAGGAGGUCAUCAAGGGCAAGAUCGCGGAGCUUCCACAACGAAUGACCACAAUUCGAGGGCUGAUGGCCAGUCUGAGUACCGUCCAGCUGCCGCUUGAUCUGGCCUGCGCGGCACUUUCCGAGUGGAUCUACGAGCCAUCUCUGGAGACCAUGCCAAUUCCAGGGCUGGAGCUGGUCCGGGUCCAAACUCCCGAGCAGCAUCACGGAAUCAACCUGUGGGCAGUGCUCAAGAACACCUCGGGCUGCUGCUUCGUGGUCUUCCGGGGAUCAGAGACGAUGCUCGACUGGACCGAGAACAGAGUGCUCCUCGUCCACAGCGGCUUCUGGAGUACUGCUGAGGCCUGCUCCGAGCGUUUCGAUUGGAAGCUUGACCUUGGGCAGAUGGAGGUCAGCCACGUCGUGCUCGCAGUCAGGUAA